CGGAGCGAGUAGCCUGCGCCGCUCCGUGUGCUGCUCUUACGCUACGUUACUCCGUUAGUUUAGUCGAUUUUUAUUACUCCUUUUUCACAUCUCCAAACCGAAACAAGUUCUACCGACGCAAUAUUCUGUGAUAUUAGUGCUGUGAUAUAAAUGUUUAAUGUUUUCCCUAUAAUGAUAUUAGUAUAAACUAGUGGAAAUACGCGCAACGAAAAGAAAAUCAAGGAAAAAAAAAAGAAGGAAAACAGCAACGUAUGGAAUCUGUUAGGAUUAUAUUUCUGUUAUCCACCGAGCAACGGAACUUGCUGGGUGCCAGAGAAGAUGAAAAAAGUUUCCUGUCGGCACGACAACUGAAAUCAUCUCCCUUUGUUCUUCUGUGAUAAUGGAUAUAACUGAAGCAUUCCGUACUGAAGAUCUCUCGAAAGCGGACUUCUUCGAUUUUGUUGUAACUCCAGACAAUAACGACAAUCAAUUCCAAAAGCAAAUGCGUACUGUAAACGCAUUCCUCGGGAACGGAACAGAAGAGAAAGAAACUAACAACAACAUGCCCACUGCCGAGUUAUCAGUGCCAACGACAACGUCGGAAAACGUAUCGAACUUCGAUUUCUGGGGUGAUAAAGAGACAGUGAGAAUAGAGACAGCUAUUCUUGAAGAUCUAAACAAGUAUUGCUGGAAUUCAGAAGAAGAUGUCGCAAACGGUGUUGUGGAGAAUAACAAACUCACUAACAAUAAUAAUAACAACAACACCACCGAUGGUCACAUCUAUACGUUAACCGUAUUGAACGGUAUUGACCAAGGGACUUGGUAUAGACAACCACUAACGACAAUAAUCAAGGAAGAAGAUGGUUCAGUUUCGAGUCCGAACUCGAUGGAACAUUUACAAAGUGGUUUGGAUAUUGAUUCGAUCCUUAACAUUAUGCCGGGUCAAUUGAACGGCUUCAAUAACAACUAUACAGAAGGCAGUCUAAAUCAAAACACGGAUGGCUUAAUAAAAUCCGAAACAUACACAUACGAAGACAGCGGAUUCGCAGAUAACAAAGAUGAGCUUGCCAGUUCUCUGAUAAUUGAUACACCUCUUCUGGAAGCGCACGACGGAUUCAAUAACAACAACAACGAUUGGAAGCUGAAUAACAACAAUACAAACAACGGUACUCCAGACUCGUUGCUUCGAAGCGCAUUGCAAGGGAAGGCCUUCGUUCGGUAUAAUGGUGUUAAAAAAGAGAACAAUACCGAAUUGCGGCGAGUGCUUUCUACGCCACCAACGAAAACAGAAACUAUUUUUGUUAAACAAGAGCCUAUAGAGCAAGAAAAGAUACCGACCAUUGUCGCCGGUAUUGACGCCAAUGGUACUGUGAUCUUCGAAGAGCAAAUUCAACAGCCGCAAAGGCAAUCAACUGACAAUCCUCCGGAUAAUCCCUCCAGCACUCACAGUAUGGAUGACAUCAUACUCUCGCAACUCGACAACACUUAUCCUGAAGACUUUGAAAAACUUAAGCGCAUCGCAAACGAGGUGGCUGAAAGUGUGAACCAAUUUUGUCAGAUCGACACGUCGGUGGAAACCGUUUAUACUAUAUCUCCGGACCAGAUUGGUUUACUGAACAACCUCAACUCUCCGAUAUCGAUCACCACGCCUGUUGUGACAAGCACGAAACCCGCCACCAAAAAAUACAAGAGAUCAAACAGCGGCUCCAAGCAGACCACCGUACAGAACGCCACGUCGACGUCGAACGGUGUGCGGAAAGAACGGAGCUUACACUACUGCAGCAUCUGUUCGAAAGGUUUCAAAGACAAAUACUCCGUCAACGUACACAUCAGGACGCACACCGGUGAAAAGCCAUUCUCGUGCAGCCUUUGCGGCAAAAGUUUCAGACAGAAGGCCCAUCUGGCCAAACACUACCAAACUCACAUCGCGCAGAAAAACGCCGCGGCCGCUGGUAAUGUGGCAGCAGCCAAAGCCAAAACGAGGUAGCCUCGCACAUGAUAGGAAAGGAAUUUUUAUAUAAAAAAAAACAACAACAACAACAUAAACCCAAUACGCAUUAGUUUCCAUUUGCAAACCAACGAUCACACCCUAAAACCAAGCUGAAUUUGUAUUUGAAGUUAUUAUUAUACCCCUUUUUUUACAAUCGGGAUUGACAGAGAAGGAGGCAUUCCUUUACUUCUCUCUCCUCACGUUUCCCAUCAACACCGAGACAUAGCAAUUGUAUUCCGAAUAUAGUUAUGAGUUGCAAGAAAAGAAAAUAUUUUUAUAGCAUUGUUUGAAUCCUUUUAUUUCUAUUUGGGACAUCACCUUAAGUGGUUCACGCAGCAGCAACAAGUGUUAUUACACAAAAUUUAUGAAUAGCGAAAUCAAAUGGCAUAGCAAAAAAUAUA